GCGGCCGCGAUGUUCAGCUGGCUGGGCUCCGAUGACCGCCGGCGGAAGGACCCCGAGGUCUUCCAGACGGUGAGCGAGGGGCUCAAGAAACUCUACAAGACCAAGCUGCUGCCCCUGGAAGAGCAUUACCGCUUCCACGAGUUUCACUCGCCUGCCCUGGAGGAUGCCGAUUUCGACAACAAGCCCAUGGUCCUGCUGGUGGGCCAGUACUCCACUGGGAAGACCACCUUCAUCAGGUACCUCCUGGAACAGGACUUCCCCGGCAUGAGGAUUGGGCCCGAGCCGACCACUGACUCCUUCAUCGCUGUGAUGCACGGACAGGUGGAGGGGAUCAUCCCUGGGAACGCGCUGGUGGUGGAUCCUAAGAAGCCUUUCAGGAAGCUGAACGCCUUUGGCAAUGCCUUCUUGAACAGGUUCGUGUGUGCCCAGCUGCCCAAUCCCGUGCUGGAGAGCAUCAGCGUCAUCGACACUCCGGGCAUCCUCUCUGGGGAGAAGCAGAGGAUCAGCCGAGGGUACGACUUCGCGGCUGUCCUGGAGUGGUUCGCAGAGCGGGUGGACCGCAUCAUCCUGCUCUUCGAUGCCCACAAGCUGGACAUCUCUGACGAGUUCUCUGAGGUCAUCAAGGCCCUCAAGAACCACGAGGACAAGAUGCGGGUGGUGCUGAACAAGGCGGACCAGAUCGAGACGCAGCAGCUGAUGCGGGUGUACGGCGCCCUCAUGUGGUCCCUGGGCAAGAUUGUGAACACCCCGGAGGUGAUCCGGGUCUACAUCGGCUCCUUCUGGUCCCACCCCCUUCUCAUCCCCGACAACCGGAAGCUCUUCGAGGCCGAGGAGCAGGACCUGUUCAGAGAUAUUCAGAGUCUGCCCCGAAAUGCUGCCCUGCGCAAACUCAACGACCUCAUCAAGAGAGCCAGGCUGGCCAAGGUUCACGCGUACAUCAUCAGCUCCCUGAAGAAGGAGAUGCCAUCGGUGUUCGGAAAAGAGAAUAAGAAGAAGGAGCUGGUGAACAACCUGGCUGAGAUUUAUGGCCGCAUCGAGCGGGAGCACCAGAUCUCCCCUGGGGACUUUCCCAACCUGAAGAGGAUGCAGGACCAGCUGCAGGCCCAGGACUUUAGCAAAUUCCAGCCCCUGAAAAGCAAGCUGCUGGAGGUGGUGGAUGACAUGCUGGCCCACGACAUUGCCCAGCUCAUGGUGCUGGUGCGGCAGGAGGAGACGCAGCGGCCCGUCCAGAUGGUGAAGGGCGGAGCGUUCGAGGGCACCCUGCAUGGCCCCUUCGGGCAUGGCUACGGGGAGGGUGCUGGGGAGGGCAUUGAUGACGCCGAGUGGGUGGUGGCCAGGGACAAGCCCAUGUACGACGAGAUCUUCUACACCCUGUCGCCAGUGGACGGCAAGAUCACAGGUGCCAAUGCCAAGAAGGAGAUGGUGCGUUCCAAGCUGCCCAACAGCGUGCUGGGCAAGAUCUGGAAGCUGGCUGACAUUGACAAGGACGGCAUGCUGGAUGACGAGGAGUUCGCACUGGCCAACCACCUCAUCAAGGUCAAGCUGGAGGGGCACGAGCUGCCCAAUGAGCUGCCCGCCCACCUGCUGCCCCCAUCGAAGAGGAAAGUGGCUGAGUGAUGGACAGAGGAGGUUCAGGGCAGGCAGGGGUUCGAGGAGAUGGGAGAGGAGGAGACGCACAUACACACACACACACACACGCACACAUGCACACACUCGCACACGCAGAUCUUGAGAACUGCACUGCAGCUGAGAGGCGCAGGGUCCCCCAUUCUUCCAGUCUGGUCUUUGGACACAUCUCCAAGUUCUCGGUAUUGGUAGAAGCAGAGGAGCGCUCCCAGGGCCCCAGGUUCAAGCCCAGAUCUCCAUGCUUCUUUCCUUCCCAUCUCCCACCACCCGGAGACCUGCCUUCUCCCACAGAGGCAGUUCGCUCGUCCAUGGGUGGCCCACCCGCCUCCACAUUCCUAGGCUCAGAGCAGAGGGAAAAGGCU